AUGGCUCAAACCAUGCUACUCUCUGCUGGCAGUACUGUUUCUGGGCAUGCAUUGGAUCUGAAGAAGGACCCAUUGAUGAUUCAGAGACUAAAACCAAAGCCCUUCUCUCAAUUCAUUUUACCACCCAAAACUUCAUCUCCUUUAUCUUCAUCAACUACAACUGUUGCACUCUUCAAGUCGAAGACGAAAGCACCAGCCAAGAAGGUUCCAGUGGUGAAGGAAAAGCCAAAGGUGGAAGAUGGCGUUUUUGGAACAUCGGGAGGAUUUGGUUUUACCAAGGAAAAUGAACUCUUUGUAGGUCGUGUUGCUAUGAUUGGAUUCGCGGCAUCUUUGUUGGGAGAAGCAAUAACAGGAAAGGGUAUUUUGUCACAACUGAAUUUGGAAACUGGAAUCCCUAUUUAUGAAGCUGAACCUCUUCUUCUCUUCUUCAUCCUCUUCAAUCUCCUCGGAGCCAUAGGCGCUUUGGGUGAUCGUGGUCGUUUCGUUGAUGAACCUUCGACUGGGCUCGACAAGGCGGUUAUAGCCCCCGGCAAAGGACUUCGGGGUGCAUUAGGUCUUGGAGAUGGCCCAUUGUUUGGAUUCACAAAAUCAAAUGAACUAUUUGUUGGAAGAUUGGCACAACUGGGAAUUGUUUUCUCCAUAAUUGGAGAAAUAGUUACAGGAAAAGGGGCUUUAGCACAGUUGAAUAUAGAAACAGGAGUGCCCAUAAAUGAAAUUGAACCACUUCUGUUGUUCAACAUUGUCUUCUUCUUCAUUGCCGCCAUUAAUCCUGGUACCGGAAAAUUUGUGACUGAUGAAGAAGAAGCAUAA